AUGUAUGCAAUGGAUGAAGCUUCUACUUCACGAAUAUUCGAUUUCAUGCUUGUGCGUGAAUGUACAUGGACGGAUUGGACUGAAUGUACAGAACGAUGUGGCGGUGGAUACAGACAACGGAGACAACGAUGUUUUCCCGACAAACACUGCGAUUCGUCGCCCUGUGCAACCGACGAAAACGCGUUGCAGUUCGAUGCAUGCAAUAACAUGCCCUGUAAUGAGGUACGACGAUAUAGCGCUUGGGGACACUGGCUUUCGCUCAAUGAAAACACGGAAAUUCGAUAUCGAGCAAGCUGUGGCGUCGAAAUCCCGGAUCCCACGUCAAUUCGGUAUCUUGUCGAACCAUGCGCUAUACCGGCAUGUGAUUUUGGUAAACAUUAUCAUUUUUGCCAUUAA